UAUCCCAUGAUUCAAUUCAAUUGUUGAUCCUCAUAUAUUCUCAAACCGGACUUCUUUUUUGGUGGGGGCAACUUUGGAAUUUACUUUAUGCUUUUUACACCACAAAAGCCCUCAAAGAGCCCCAAAGAUGACUCACUCACUCUCUCUUUACUCUUCUCUACUCUUUACUACCCCAUAUCAAAAUACUAGUAAAUGCAACUCAAUUUCCCCCACCACCCCAAAAACUUAAAUUCAAUUCCCUCAUUAAAACAUUACUACUACUUGUAGUAGUAUCUUUAUUAUUCUUUUAGAAUUCAAUCCCUUCUUUCUCUCUCUAAAUUUCUCUCUCUAAAAAACCAUUUUUACAAAAACCCCAAAUGAAGACAACAUCAACACCAACACCAACACCACCAUCUCCAACACCUCUCAAAAUGUCCAAAGCCAACUUCCCUUGGUCAUCAUCAAGGAAAGUCCAAAAUGAUGAUACUUUAGAUAAUAAUCAAACUACCCUUAAAACAGAGGAAAACAGGGGAAAACAGGACACUAUUAAUAAUCAUCCUCUUAAUGACAUAAUUAGUGAUGAUAAUCACAAAAGUUUAGCAUCAUCAACAGCUAGAAGAAGGAGGAAAUUACAAGCUAUUGCUGUUUCAAGAAUAAGGUCAGUUCUUACUGCCCUUAACAUCAACAAAUCUUCACCUUCGACCUUCCCAAAUUUAGGGUCAUGCCCUAAAGUUAUAGGAACUUUGUUUGGGUAUAGAAAAGGUCAUGUUCAUUUUGUGUUUCAACGUGAACAUAACUCCGCCCCUGUUUUUUUCAUCGAGCUCGCAACCCAGAUAACCCAUCUCGUCAAGGAGAUGGCAUCUGGAUUGGUUCGUAUCGCGCUCGAAUGCGAUAAAGAUGAUCAACAAGAACAAGAGAAAUCACAAAAAUUAUCUCAAGAGCAUGAGAAGAGGAAGAAGGUGAGGAGGAAGAGAUUGUUGGAAGAACAAGUUUGGAGGACUUAUUGUAAUGGAAAGAAAUGUGGGUUUGCUAAUAAAAGAGAAAUUGGGCCUAAUGAGGCUAAGAUUUUAAAGGCUGUUGAGCCCAUUUCAAUGGGUGCAGGUGUUCUUCCUGGGUUUAACGGGUCCGGGUCGGGUUCGGAAGGUGAGCUUAUGUAUAUGAGGGCCCAGUUUGAGAGGGUUGUAGGGUCUAGGGAUUCUGAAGCUUUCUAUAUGAUGAAUCCUGAUUGUCAUGGUGCUCCUGAGCUUAGCAUCUACUUGCUCCGAGUCUGAGAGCACGGGUACACUCGGGUGUAUAAUGGAAACUCAUGACAACCUCUCCUACUUGGAAAGACGAAAAAAAAAAUGUUUAUGUGAAAAGAUUAUUGUAAGUUGUAAUGUUACUAAAUUUGUUAGGUUUUAAGAGGUUGUUAAUAGGGUGGGGAUUAGUAGAAGUCUAGUUAACAAGAUGUUUUUUUUUUUGGUUAAUUUAUUUGUUUUUUAAGUUUGGGUAUAAAAAAAAAAUUGGAGAAUUGGGGUUUUUACUGUAUUUUGUUAGCUUUUUGGGGGUGGAAUGUAAUGGUAUACUAGGAAAAAAAAAAAAGAAGGGAAAUUGGUAUAUUAUUGGCAUGGUGGUCAAUUUAACUCAAUGUAAGAUCUUUCAUGCAAUGCAACUCUCCAAUUGGUAUAUUAUAUUAUGAACA